GGCAGCGCGCGCGUCCCCAGAAGGGAGCAUCCUCCCCGCGGCGGGGCACGUCACGUGACCACCUUGUCUGCUGCUGGCUGAGCGGAGCGGGUUCGCAGAUUUUUGUAUUUUGUACAUCCAGAGUUUUGUAUAUACUGUAUAUGAUGAGCUCGCUGGGCGGCGACAAGGCCCGGGGCCCUCGAGAGAAAGCUGUGCCUGCUGCCACCCACGCCUCACAACCACAGAAACAGAUACAGGUGACGGCCGAGCAGAUCCGUCUCGCUCAGGUCAUCUACGACAAGAACGAUGCUGCCUUUGAGGACAAGGUCAACCAGCUCAUGGAGGUCACCGGGAAGAACCAGGACGACUGCAUGGUGGCGCUGCACGACUGCAGCGAGGACGUCAGCAGAGCCAUCAACUUCCUGCUGGAGAGCACCUCGGACAAGCACUCAGCACGGCCAGCAGCCACUGCUGGUCCUGAAGGAGCUGGAAGCGGCUUCAUCCAGACACUCGUCCUGGAGGCGGAGCUGUGACUACGGAUCAUAUAUGAACCCAGACACGGGGCUCGAUGUUCCCACAUUUAUGACGUCGUGGGAGAUGGUGGGCAGGAAGAAGCCUCUAGUGAAGGAUCCAUCGGACCAGGAGAACCAAGAGAAGAGGGAGAAGAAGGGCGAGAGGGAAGCCGGCAAAGGCCGAGCCGCCGCCGGCCGGAGGGGCCAGGGGGGCGGCCGCAGUCGCCCGGCGCGUCCAGAGGAGAACGGCGUGGAGGCGCCGCCGCCGCUGGACGGAGGUCCGGACCGCGGGCGGAGGGCCCGGGGCGGCGGCCGAGGAUCUAGAGCCCGAGGCUGGGGACCGCCGGGGGCCCGCUUCUCCGCCCAGGGCAUGGGCACCUUCAACCCAGCGGACUACGCCUCAGAGGGGGGGUCAGGGGCCACACAGAGCCAGGUGUGGGACCCGGCGGCCCCCGGCAGCACAGAGGGCUCAGGGGCCUGGAGGGGAACCCUGGAGGACUGGGCCUCCGAGGACUGUGAGGACCUGAGUCUCUCAGAGACCAAAGUGUUCACCUCCUCAUGUGCUGCUGAGAACCAAGUCACACCUGGCCACAGUCUGGACCUCGGUGCUCUGCUGCAGAAGCCUGUGGCUGGAGGAAGAGAGCCACCCUCGUCCUCCUCCUCUUCCUCUCAGAGUCUGGUCUUCACUAACUCACAUCACCACCAGCCGGCCGGCCGCAGCAGCAGCAGCAGCUACGCCCACGCGGCUCUGUCGUCGGUUCUGGGAUCUGGUUUCGGGGACCUGGGUCCGGCCAAGAGGGCCCCGCCCAGCGCCGGGUCUCAGAUCCUGGAGCAGCUGAAGGGCCCCGGCCUGGGCCCGCUUCCUUCCUCCCAGGCUCCGCCCACCAGCACCCAGGGGAGCAGCGCUUCCAUGUGCUGCCUGCCCGGCCUGGGAGCCCCUCCCCCCCCCUCCUCCAGCUGGGGCGUCAAGGCCUCAGACCCCAGCGCCGCCUCGCAGUUCAGCCGGGAGUUCGGCCUGCAGCCAGAACCGUCUCUGGUGCUGAGCCAGCUGGACCAGAGGCCCGCCGGCCCCGCCUCGCCUCUGGCCCGCCAAGCCAGCCCCCCGUCGCACCUACAGGCCGCCCCCCCCUCGCCGGCCCACCGCACGCACGGCGCCGCCAAGCCGGCCGCGCCCGGAGCCGGGCCGGACCCCCAGGGGGCCACGCUGCAGCGGGCUCAGCUCAGGGGCCAGAGGCGGAGGGUACCGCCCUCCUCCAAGAUCCCCUCCACAGCCGUAGAGAUGCCGGGCUCGGCCGACGUCCCCGGGCUCGACCUCCAGUUCGGCGCUCUGGACUUCGGCUCCGAGUCGCCGUUGCCGGAGUUCGGCGUCGUUGACAAUUGCGCAACGACGUCCACGCCGGGCCCUCAGAACCAGACCAGCCUGUACUCCAAACCACUCAGCGAGUCGCUGGGCGGCCCUCUCUCCGCGGCCCCGCCCCUCUGCUCCUCGGGGCUCGCCGUCUCCUCCGGCGCCGCCCCGUGUUCCUCGACAGCCUCUGGCUCCUCCUCCUCUCACUUCUCCAGCGUGGGGGGGGGGUACGACGGGACCGCGGCCCCCCACGCACGACUGGCCUUCCCCCAGAGUCAAGAGGCCCCGGGGCCCGUCAUGCAGAACGGGCUGAAUGGCGUCCGGGCCCCCGCCGCUCUGGACGCGUCGUCGGCCUCCUCGCCCCCGAAGCCGGAGUCUCCGUCUCUGAACAUCAGCACCAACGGCGCCUCAGGCUCCUCCCACUUGGCGUCCAGCCUGCCGCCUCACGGCUCCACCGCGCUCUCCAGCCAGGACACGCCCCCCUCCACCGGCCAGCUGACCGCGCUCAGCAGUCAUGUCAGUAAUCAUUCCUCCGUGUCGGCGCUGGGCUCCGGCUCCCUCACUAUGGAGCAGCUCCGUUGGGCGGUGUUGAUGCGUCCUUCCUGUCCGCAGUACACCAGCGGCUCUCUGGCGCCCUCUACAGGCUCCUACGCGUCGGCGCAGCACCUGGCGCUGCAGAGCCACAACAGCAGCAUCAGCCACAUGGGCAACGUGGGCAACCACCCGAGCGGCCCGCUGGGCGGCGUGGGUGGCGCCGGCGUGCUCCACUCCGCCGCCAACACGGCGCCGGGACUCGGCUCCAACGGCGGCGCCGGUCCGUCUGCGGCCAGGACCGCGGCGCUGCUGUCGGCCGGCACCGGUAAAGCUCCUCCCAAUCUGUCCCAGGGAGUUCCCCCCCUCCUGCCCAACCAGUACAUCAUGGGCCCAGGAGGACUGCUGCCCGCCUACCCACAGAUUUAUGGUUAUGAAGACCUCCAUAUGCUCCAGUCCAGACUGCCAAUGCCCUCUCUGCAGGACUACUAUGGGAUCACAUUCCCCGCCCCCACAGCGACUCUCUCCGGUCGGGACGGGGGUCUGGCCAACAACCCGUACUCAGAAGUCACAAAGUUCGGCAGGAAUGACGCCACCUCCCCGGCCCCGCCCACAAGCCUCGCCGCCCCGCAGGCUUCCCAGGGCCAGGUCCAGAACCAGAACCCGGCCCCUCAGAACCAGGCCCAGCAGGCCUUCCUGCCGCCGGGCUACAGCUACACGGGCCUGCCGUACUACGCCGGCGUGCCCGGCGCCGCCGCCGCCGCCGCCUUCCAAUACGGCCACGCCAUGUUCGUCCCCCCCGGGGGUCCGGGGCCCGCCUCGGCCAAGCAGCACGGCAUGGGUCUGGGUCUGGGGGGCCCCUUGGGGGGCCCCUUCCAGCAGCAGCCCGGCGGCUACGGCCAGCACGCCUUCAGCGCAGGGUACGAGGAGCUGAGCGCCGGACCGGCAGGAGGAGACUACAUAGGAUACGCCGCGGCCGCGCAGGCCAAGGCCGGCGCCGCCGGGCCCAAAGGUCGGCCAGAACCGCCGGGCCCCGAGACCGGGGUCUCCGUGAACUCCGAGGUGCCAGACAUCAGUGGAAGUGUUUACAACAAGACUCAGUCUUUUGAUAAGCAGGGCUUCCACGCGGCCACGCCUCCUCCCUUCAGCCUGCCCUCAGCUCUGGGGGGCCCGGGGCCCCUGAACCCUGGAGGGGCCACUGGAGGCUACGCCCCGGCCCCCUUCCUCCACAUCCUGCCCCACCAGCAGCAGCAGCAGCUGCUGCACCACCACCACCACCACCACCUGGCUCAGGAGGGACAGGGUCCCAGCCAGCGGGGCCCGAGCAGCAGCCUGCAGCAGAAGAGCCAAGUCAACAAGUCGAGCUACGGCUCCCCCUACUGGGCCAACUGAGAAGACACGAGGACCACACGUACAACACGAGCGACACACUACCCCCCCCUCCGCUCUGUAUAUCCCCUUUUCAAAUUUAUGGCUGUUGUAUGUAAAAUAUAUUUAUGUAUGUAUUUAUACAGUAUAUAUGUAUUGGUAGGACAUAAAUGUGGGUUUCUGCAUUUAGUUUUUAUUUUGAAGGACGUUUUAUUUUGAAGGUGAAGUCACGAGAUGAAGUGAAUAUACUUGAACACGAACAUCUUUUUGUACGCGUCGUGAAGCGAGGACGAUGUUCAUCGCCUCGACGCCGUUCUGUUCUACGAGAAUCCGUUUUGUAACUUUCGUCCUGUGGAUCCCGACGGGACGCUCGUCUCCUCGCCUCCUCGUCUCCUCGCCUCCUCAUCGACUCCUUGGCCUUGGAUUUGAUGUCAUUUUAACAUUUAAUCCUUGUUGUCCAAAUUAAAAGUUCUCAACAGUU